AUGCCUACUGCCACCUCAGAUCUCAGCACAGGAUCUGACGUGCCAAUGAGCAACCAGACCAAGCCUCUGGCUGGCAAGGUGGCUCUGAUCACCGGCGCCGGCCGAGGUAUCGGGCGCGGCAUCGCCCUCGAGCUCGGUAAGCGCGGUGCCUCCAUCGUAGUCAACUACAGCCGCAGCUCCAGCUCGGCCGAGGAGGUCGUCGCCGAGCUCGGCAAGCUGGGCUCCAAGUCGGUCGCCAUGCAGGCCGACAUCACCAAGCCCGCGGAGAUCGCGGGCCUCUUCGAGAAGGCCUUGGCGCACUUUGGCCAGAUCGACUACGCCGUGUCCAACUCGGGCAUGGAGGUCUGGUGCGAGGAGACCGAGGUGACGCAGGAGCUCUUCGACGAGGUCUUCAGCCUCAACUGCCGCGGCCAGUUCUUCGUCGCGCAGCAGGGCCUCAAGCACUGCAACGAGGGCGGCCGCAUCGUGCUGACCUCGUCCAUCGCCGCCCAGAUGGCCGGCAUCGGCAAUCACGCGCUGUACGCCGGCUCCAAGGCCGCCGUCGAGGGCUUCACGCGCGCCUUCGCCGUCGACUGCGGCCCGCGCCGCAUCACCUGCAACGCCAUCGCCCCCGGCGGUAUCCAGACCGACAUGUUCGACGAGAACAGCUGGCACUACGUGCCUGGCGGCCACAAGGGCAUGGACAUCAACCACAUCAAGGACGGCCUGCGCAAGAUGUGCCCCCUGGACCGUGUCGGUGUCCCCGCUGACAUCGGCAAGGCCGUCUACUGCCUGAUCAGUGAGGAGGGCGAAUGGAUCAAUGGCCAAGUUAUCCGCUGCUCAGGUGGUGGCGUUUAG